CCAAAAAUAUGUUUUUAGUUUUUUUUAUUUUAUAAGCUGAUCAAACAAAUGGUUAUAUCAGCUUUCAAAAUCAAGAUCAAAACAAUUGUAACUACAUUUUAAUGUUAUUGUAUUUUUAAUUAAGCUUACUUCAUUAUUCUAAACAAGUUUAAAUGAAAAAGUUUAAGCUGCCUGCAAUAAAUCAAGUCAACCAAUCACAAUCAAUCAAGUCAACUAAUCAAGCCACAAUUCUAGACACUUGGGGCUAUUUUAAGAAACAGAGUUCCGAGAUUAAUGAAAAAAAAGACUGUAGAAAAUAUAACACCGAAGCACAACAAUCACAAAUACAAUGUGAAAAAAUUAUUCAAGGCAAUGAGAAUGAGGUUGAUGGUGGAGAGGAAAUUUUUAAUUUAUUUACUGAUGAUAAUGAUCUGGUAAAAGCUGUUGAAAACACAGAAAGUGUUGAACAAGAAGUGUAUUUAGAUACAAGAUUUAAACAGGGUAGUUGUCAUGAGGUUAUUCCUGGAUUUGAUGAAAACAUUGGAUCAACUUAUAUAUAUCCAAUAAAUUACCCAAUAAGAGACUAUCAAUUCAACAUUGUGAGAAAAGCAUUACUUGAAAAUACUCUUGUUGUUCUUCCAACUGGUUUAGGAAAAACGUUUCUUGCAUCUGUAGUUAUGUACAACUUUUAUCGUUGGUAUCCUAAAGGAAAGUUGAUAUUUAUGGCUCCUACAAAACCUUUAGUUGCCCAGCAAAUUGAAGCAUGCUACAAAAUCACAGGAAUUCCUCAAGUUGAUACAGUAGAAAUGACAGGUAUCAUGGCACCUGUCAAAAGAGAACUUCUCUGGAAAACCAAACGAGUUUUUUUUUUAACGCCACAAGUUUUUCAAAAUGAUCUGGGACGAGGUAGUUGUUUUGCACCUGAUGUAGUUUGUUUGGUAUUUGACGAAGCUCACAGAGCUUUAGGAAAUCAUGCUUACUGUCAGGUUGUUAAGGAAGUUAUGAGGUAUAGAUCGAAUUUUCGUGUACUCGCUUUAAGUGCAACACCUGGUUCAGAUAUGAAAGCAGUGCAACAAGUGAUAAGUAAUCUUUUGAUAUCCCAUGUUGAGGUACGUACAGAGGAAAGCAUAGAUAUAUGUAAAUAUGUGCAUCACCGCAACAUUGAAAAGAUUGUUGUUCCAAUGUCUAUGCAGUUGAAUAAAACUAAAGUCUUAUUGUUACAGGUUUUACAAGUUGCUGUUAAAAGACUUCACUCAAAAAAAGUUAUAUGGCAUGAAGAACCAGAAAAGUUAUCAAGAUUUCAAUUAAUAAAAGCUCGGGAACAAUGGCGAAAGAAUAGUGCAAUAUCUGAUCGGCAAAUAGCUGGUGUAAUUGAAGGGGAUUUUGGAUUAUGUAUCUCCUUAUACUAUGCUUAUGAGCUUUUGCUUCAGCAUGGACUGCUAUCUUUUUAUAACUUUUUAAAAGGUGUUCUUAGUGGUGUAAAAGGUACACCUUUAUGUCGAAAAGAACUUUCUCAGAAUAUUGCUUUUAUGGAUAUGAUGGAGGAGUUGCAUUCUGAAAUUGAACCUGAAGAUGGAGAAAGUUUAAAUGAGAGUAUAAUGUUGGGAAAGAAUAUUUCAGCAAAGCAAAGACUUUUAAAGUCUAUCCCAAAACCAUUAAGCAGCUUUAACAGUCAUCCAAAACUUUUGAAAUUAGAAGAAAUAGUUUUAGAACAUUUUAGGCGUUUUUGUCCGAACAGUUCAAAAAGUGUACAAACACCCUUAAAUACUCGUGUUAUGAUAUUUUCUCAAUAUCGUGAUAGUGUACAAGAAAUAACUGCGUUGUUAAGCAAACACGAGCCUUUAAUUAAAGUCAUGUCAUUUAUUGGGCAAGGUAAUAAGGAGACAGCUGGAGGGAAAAACACUAAAGGAUUAUCACAAAAAGAGCAAUUCGAGGUUCUUCAAAAAUUUCGAAAUGGUGGUUAUAAUACAAUUGUUUCAACAUCUGUUGGAGAAGAAGGUCUUGAUAUAGGUGAUGUUGAUUUGAUAGUUUGUUUUGAUGCUUCAAACUCGCCCAUUCGUCUUGUACAACGUAUGGGAAGAACAGGGAGAGUUAGAGAUGGGAGAAUUGUUAUUUUAAUUGGAGAAGGCAAAGAAGAAGCUACAUACAAAAAAUGUUUAAGUAACAAAAAAGGAAUCCACAAAAAUCUUUUAACUGCUGCUAAAGCACUCAGCCUUUAUGAAGAAAAUCAUCGAAUGAUUCCUAGACACUUAAAUCCAAAAUGCUGUAAAAUGAAUGUACAUAUUGAACAGUUUAAAGAGAAAAAUAAUAGCAAGAAAUCUGUUUCAAAAAAAACUUCAACCUCUGUCUCAUGCAAGAAAGGAUUGAAUUUUAAAUAUCUUAAUACCAAUGAAGUUAAAUAUCUAACAGAGAAAUUUUAUGGUGAUUCCACAAGCUGUAGUAAAUGCAAAAAUUUGCAGUCAGUCUACUGCCAUCAUCUUUCUUAUAAAAAGUUAUCAACUUCUUCUUGGUUGCCAUGGCUAUCUACUCCUCAAACAGUUUCAAAUAUUCGUCAUUCAAAAAGUACAAACGCAUUGUGCUCCAUAAUGCAAUUUGCAAAUGAAUGUAGAGACAGUGAUUUUUUAUUGAAUUACAAUGCAAAAAAUUUAAAAUUAUUGAACAAUAGUAAUGAUGUAAUUAAAGAUAUAGCCAAUAUAAGUGUUAAUAACAAUUUGGAUAAAAAAGUUAACUUCAGUUUUAAUGCUCAAAUGGUUGAAGUGUUUAGCAUUGAUGACAGUGAUUUUGAAAUGAGUGAUAUCAAGCCAGUUUUAUUAUCAAAAAAAAAAAAGAAAAAAAGUAUUAGUGACGGUGUGAACAGAAAUGGAAAUCCAAGCAACACUGAUGUAAAAGUUAUAAACAAUGAGGAUAGCUUUAAGCCUUGCCCUAUGGAAGAGCUUCUAAAAAGUAGCGAAAAAAUUUUAUCUAAAAAAAAGAAGAUUAAUCUGCUUAAGUUACCAAAAGUUCAAGUAAAUAAAAUUGAUUUUGAUAUUAAGGACAAUCAAGUUGGUUUCUGUAGUCAAGAGACAAUGCCAACUCUUUAUGAUAGAUGCAAGCAAAAAAGGAAUGGUACAGAGUUACUAAAAAAUGAAAAUAUUGUAACUAAGUCUGUUAGUGUUAACGAGACAAAUCCAUGUUCAAACGCACUUAAUACAGUAAACAAUAAGUUUCAAGAUUUAACAAAUUUUAGUUCUUCUAUUCUCUCUACUAUUCCAUUGAGUCCAACAUGGAUUGAUCAUCUGAAGAGUUUUGAAACAACUAACUUUAGUGAAAGAAUGGUUGUGAAUGAUUUAAUACCUGAUGCACCCAAUGAUAUGCAUUUUGAUAGUUUUGAUUCAGAAAAAACUACUGACAGGAUGGUUAUAGAAGACUUAAUACCUAAUGCACCUAAUGAUAUGAAUUUUGAUAGUUUUGAUUCAGAAAAAACUACUGACAGGACGGUUAUAAAAGAUUUAAUACCUGAUGCACCCAAUGAUAUGAAUUUUGAUAGUUUUGAUUCAGGAAAAACUACUGACAGGAUGGUUAUAGAAGACUUAAUACCUAAUGCACCUAAUGAUAUGAAUUUCGAUAGCCUUUAUUCUGAAAAAAUCAGUGGCAGGAUGGUUGUGAAAGACAUAUCUGAUGCACCCAACGAUAUGAAUUUCAAUAGUUUUGAUUCUGAAAAAAUGGACUUUAAUGAUAAGGUUAUUGUAAAUAAUUUAAUACCUUGUGCACCUAAUGAUUUAAAUUAUGAUAAUACAGAAUCGAAAAAACCGAAUGAUCAAGAAAAUACCCCUCCUACAUUAAUGAACUACACUAAUGUAAAAAAAAAGACAGAUAAACGUUCAUUAGUUAUUACAGACAGUCUUAUAGACUAUAUUGAUGAUUUUGAAGAGGAUAUUUGUUUUUCUCCUCCAGUUGUAUCAAAUAUAAAAAUAAAAGCGAAGGAAAAUAUCCCUAAUGAUUCUCUGUUUAACAACAAUCCUAAUGAUUCUCUGUUAAACAACAACCCAAUUAAUAAAAACAAUGAAAAGGAAUCUUUGCAAUUUAGUUCCAUAAAUAAUGAAAAAUUUUUUAAUGAAGAUAUUGACGAGUCAAUUAUAUUAAAAAAAACACACAGAAAAAAAAAACUUCUUGAAAUAUCAAAUUGUUAUGAAGAACAAAAAAAUAAUGGUAAACAGAAAAUUUUUGCUCACACCCAAAACAAAGUUGACGAUCCUUUAAAUUUGUUGUCUAAUAAAAAAGUCAAACAGCCAGUAAGAAAAAAAUCCAAGUUGAAUAAUAUGAAGUCAAAAGAAAAGCGCUACAAAAAUGAAUACAUUGCUUAUGAAGCUGAAGAUGACGAAGGAAGAAUUAUGGAUCGUGAAAGUUUUAUAGACGAUUAUAUUCAAGAUAGCUUCAUUGAUGAUGCAACACAAUAUUCGCCAGACAAAAUAAACAAGCAAAAUAAAGAUCAUAUCGAUAUGGACACUAUUUAUAAGAGAUCUUUACUAAGCCCUUCACAUGCUGUUGCUAAUUCUUUACGAUUCACCACUCCUGCUUUUAAAGCAGGAGCUAAUCGAUUUCGAUUGGCUGAUUUAAAAGAGUUUAAAGAUUCUGAUCAAAGCUCAGAAGCAGAGGAAGUUCAAGGACUUGUUGAGUCAGACGAAUACCAUAGUAAUAAUGAACUCCAAGACGAACUAGCUGAGCAUACUUCUAGUUUUCAAUUGCCUAUUUUAAAACGAAAGAAGAGAUGUUUCAGCUUCUUAGAUUCUGAUAAUGAAUUCAAUAGUGAUGCUGACACAGAAAAAAGCAUUUAUAAUGAUAAUACAGAAUUUAAACCACCAGUUAGAGUACAAUCAUUAAAUAAAUCGCUAAUUGCCAAGCAAAUUUUAAAUAAAAUUGAUAGUCAAGUUUGUAAUAGCAAUAUUAGGUUUAUUAACGAGUGUGAUCUACCAACCAUUGCAUUUAGUUUUGGAAUUGACUGGCAUGAUAAUAACAUUGAUCAGGAAUUCAAUAUGGGAGUACAAAAAACUGCAAACAAAGCACAAGAUAAAGAUAUAACUUUACAAAAUGUAUCACCUUAUAUUCUUGUUAAUUCAAGGUGUAUUGCUAAUUCACAAAUACCAUCUUUACUAAGAAGUCGAGAAAAAUGCUGUGUUGUAGUAAAAUCUCAACUUCAUGCUGAUUUUAUUGUGAGUAGACGCAUGUUGGUUAACAAAAAAUCAUUAUCAGAACUGUCAUGUUCAGGAAAUAUAUUGCAGCUCUAUGAAAGUGUUCAAUGUGAAUUAUUUGAAAAACAGUAUCUAAUAGUGGAGAAAGAUGUUGCUAAAAUAAAUAACAAAAAUAAAUUUCAGGGUUACUCAAAAACCUGUGCCAACUUAUUGUCUAAGUUUAUUGGCUGCAACAUAAAAGUGUUAUUUAGCUCUUCACAAGAAGAAACAUCUUCAUUGCUUAGUGCUUUAGCCAAGUUAGAAGUUCAAAAUGGUUAUGCUAUUUGUGUACCACAAACACGUGAUAAGAUGGUAAAAGCAUUAAUGUGUAUUCCUAAAAUGACUUAUCCAUUAUCUACUGAAGUGGCAAAUCAAUUUCGUUGCAUCGCGGAUCUCUCUAAAUGUAGCCUGGAAUCUCUAAAGGAAAUACUUUGUAACCUUCCUGGUGAACUCAUCAAAGAUAUUUAUUUUUUCUUUAAAAAGCAAUUUGAUAUUGGAAUGCUGGGGUCAAAAAAACUUUUAUAAAAUGUUGGACAUAAAUUUAUAAUGUGCAAUUUUUGUAUAA